CUUCCGUAAGGUGUCGUGGCGCUGGUGGAGUGCGAAGGCGAAAGUACAGUUACUCUAAAGAGGAAGAUAAGGAAAUAUUUGUGACAUUACGUUUAAACUUCAGUGGUCGUAUAUCAUAUAAAGGUUUCCGGCUGAUAAUGAGGCGCGCAGGUUUGGGUGAGGGCGGUCCUCCAGGCAAUUACGUUGCAAGUGGAUACAGCGUGUAUGAGGAGGAGAACGAACAUCUACAGGAGGGACUGAGAGCUAAAGUACAUGCGCUUAAACAUCUUUCAAUUGACAUCGGAAAUGAAGUCAAGUACCAGAAUAAAAUGUUGGGCGAAAUGGACUCGGACUUUGACUCCACUGGAGGUUUGCUGGGAGCCACCAUCGGUAGAUUGAAGCUCCUCUCCAGGGGAAGCCAAACCAAGGUGUACUGCUACAUGCUGCUGUUUGCCCUGUUCGUGUUUCUGGUCCUGUACUGGGUGAUCAAACUGAGGUGAUCGUAGUGCUGACGAGACUCUUCGGGACCUUUUAUUCGUGCCAUGCUCAUUUGGGGUAGAGGGUCAGAUUCCUCAGAGAUGAUGAAGUCUGAGGUUGCUGAGGAAUACGAGAGCGCUUUCUUUCCAUUGGACAAGAAGUUGAUCCAUUGAUUGACAAUGUGCAAUAUGAGACAAAAAUAUGUCCUAACCCAACAUUAGUGUCCCCCGAGGGGAAGGGAUGGUUCUAGUUGUCUAAUACCGGCCACAAAAAUAUUUUGAAAGAUUAACGACAUGCAUCUUCUUUUUUUCAGAAACAAUAAUGACCUUUGUUUAAUGGUUCUGUUCUUUUUAGGAGAAAAAUAAUUAUUUUCAGUGCUAUAAAUGUGUGCUAAUUUAUACUUUCUAUAAGGAUAAAGUUAAAUGCGUUUAAAAGAGUGGCACACAGCAGCACAGUAGUCCUUUAAUCGUAUAGUUGAAAAUUCAGGUUAUGACAGCUGUUUAGCUGGAUGGGGUGCAAACAAAAUAAGACCUAUUCAUCCUUUACGUUUCCUUUGUUUUACUGUGCAAAUCUACAUGGCAUCUUUAAAAGAGUUGCCACAAAAUUGUGUGAAUACAGUGUUCAAAGGGGUGCUCUUCAGACUGUGAAAACUGUACAUGAGUUUUUGUGCAAUGCAGAUGUGUAAUAUCCAUAUCAGAAACAACCCCAGAAUUCUGUGUACUUCAGAAAUGUGUUAAUUUUUAGGUUCAAUUUUUUUUUUUUUGCUCUCUGUUUAAAAUAAUGCAUGGUUAAAGUUUUUAGAAACCAAUUUGUAAAUAAAUGUAAUUUCUGAGAGAAUUAUUACAUAUAAAAUUCCUUUAUGUUGUCAUGUUUUCAUAUAUCCCAUUUACGAUUGUCACGAAUCUUUUCGAGCUGCUUAAGAAUUAAAACUUUAUUUCUUUUCAUGCAUAUUAACAAACAUUUAUUAAAACUAAUCACAAUUUACAUAUGUUACAUAUUACUACAGUUUUUCAUCAAAUGGUUAAAAUACCUUUUUUUUUUUUUUAAAUGCAAGGAACAAAU